CUUAGACGUCAUCCUCCAGCGCCCCGCGCGGCUUGGGUGCGUCACGUGAGCGCGCCGGAAGUGCCUGGGCGGAGCCACGUGGGAGCUGGGGCGGCAUGUGUCAAGCAGGGGAGGACUACGGGGGCUGCCGGGCGCCCCCGGGGCGGCCCCAUGUCAGGCAGGCGCCGUGUGAUUCAGUUUAAGACGAAACGAAACAUAAUUAUUGGGACGUGCUGAUACAAAGCACGGAAAAAACACCACGCGCCGCAGCGCAGGCAGCAGCGGUCUCAUUAGUCCUGUCGUCGUUAUAGUUAAAACGGUGCGCAGAAGUGCAUGAAGUGCAAGGAAGGUGCCCCGGUGCUGGUCAUCCGUGUCGGAGAUGCCUUCUGCAAGGCCUGCUUCCGAGAGUACUUCGUGCACAAGUUCCGGGCGAUGCUGGGGAAGAACCGUGUCAUCUUCCCAGGAGAGAAGGUUCUGCUGGCGCUGUCCGGCGGGCCUAGCUCCAGCGCAAUGCUCCGGCAAGUCCAAGAGGGCUUGAGUCGGGAGACGGCGAAGAGGCUGCGCUUUGUGCCCGGUGUCAUCUAUGUGGACGAGGGAGCCGUGUGCGGGCAGAGCCCAGAAGAGAGAGAGGACACCCUGACUCGGAUGCAGGCCCUGCUGCAGGCCUCGGGGUUCCCCCACCACCUGAUCCACCUGGAGGAGGUGUUCGAGCUGCCCAGCUCCAUCUUGCAACAUGCCCCCCACGCACCCAGCCCACCUGGGAGCAGCUACAAGGCAGCAGUGGAAGGCUUCAUCCAUCAGCAGCGGCAGGGGGCAGCAGGCACGGGGGACACCAUGGCACCUGAGGGGCAGGUCCAGGAGCGGCUGGCAGUGCUCGGCAUGCAAGAGGGUGCUGCAGCCUCCCCGGAGGGCCUCCUGCCAGCCAGUGCCCUCACGGAGGAGCUGAGGCAGCUCUUCGGGGCCGUGACGACGCUGACAGCCAAGGAAGAGCUUCUGCAGAUGCUGCGGACCCACCUGAUCCUGCACACAGCCCGGGUGCGGGGAUACUCCAAGGUGAUGAUGGGCGACAGCUGCACCCGUGUGGCUGUCAAGCUGCUGACCAACCUCUCCCUGGGCCGUGGCGCCUUCCUGGCCCUCGACACGGGUUUCAUGGACGAUCGCCAUGGCGAUGUGGCGGUGGUGCGGCCCAUGCGGGAGUACACUGCCAAGGAGGUUGCCUUCUACAACCGGCUCUUUGGCGUCCCCACUGUCUUCAUGCCUGCCCUGGAUACCAAGGUCCUGGAGAAGCCCAGCAUCCACCGGCUGGUCGAGCGCUUCCUCUACGCCCUGCAGGCCGAGUUCCCCUCCACAGUCAGCACCGUGUACCGGACGGGUGAGAAGCUGAGCGCGACCCCCGCAGACACCACAGCCGAACCCCAGCGCUGCCUCCUUUGUCUCUGUGUCCUGGACACCGGUGUGGUGGAGGGCUCCACGCUGCAGGCGUUGCUGAUCUCUGAGGAGCUGUCCAGGAAGAGACCAUCGGACCCGUCGCCUACGAGGGGAGGCUGCUGUGCCGGGGCAGGGGCACGCAGGUGCUGUGGGAGCCCCCCAGCCUCUGGGACCAAGGCCCGGGCUGAUUUCCUGCCAUUGCUCUGCUAUGGCUGCAGACUCACCAUCAAGGACAUGACCUGCCUGGAGCCGCUCCCGCCCUAUAUCCGGUCGGAGGCUGAGCGCAGGAGGCGCAGGGCCACCAUGAAGCAAGAGAUCCAGGAGUACUUGCUGGAGGAUGAGGCUGCGGAGCCCAAGAGCUGAGCCUGGCCCCCGGUUGCCCCCACGGACAAUGCAUCUGAGGUCUCUCAAGGAAGAGAGGCAGCUCCCCGGGGCAGACCACUGCAUGGCUUAGGCCUGGGUUUCCCAGCAACUGGAGUCUUCAUCCCGUGCCCAUGCACCGGCCCCAGUCCACUCACUCAGCUCCAAGCAACCUUCCAGCUAGAGGACGCAGCUCCCGGCCUGCCCUGGGUUGCGGUUCCUGAGCUGGCCUGUCUGACCAGGUGGGCACAGUCACCCUCCACAAACCCCAGCCUGGC